GAUGCGAGUUAUAUAGACAGAGCAAAACACCAUAAGAGGAAAACGGGGAGAGAUUUUCGUUUUGACGUUUGGAUUUUCUUUUCGUGUAAACAAGCAUGAAGGGUUUUAUCAGUGCAUUUAAAGUAGAUACACAGGAAAUGAGCGUUAAUGUGGCUUAGUUUGAGUGUUAAUGUUUGUAUAAAAACGUAACAAGUAAGGUACAUUACCGGCUGUGGACAUUGGAGUGGCUCUGAUAUCAAAACCAGUGAUUUGUCAACCCAAUUUGAUGCACAAUGCCAGUUUCGCUCCAGCAGAAGGCCGGGACAUCUUCCUCUGAGCUUCCUCCUGACUGGGAAGAUGACGAGCGGAUGGCCUUUCUGUUCUCUGCAUUCAAAGAAAACCGAGAGGUCGACCCGUCCGACUGGGACGGCAAGAUGAACUUCUGGACGCCUUUGGUGGUGCAGACCUGCAGACGGCACGAUUCGGUUUGCAUGAGCUUGCAGGACCUGAACGAAAGUUUUCGGCGGAAGGGGAGCGUUCCUCUGGGCCUGAGCACCGUUAUACAGAGCAUGAUCAGGAGCGGUAAAGUGCAGAAAGAAUCAGACUUUGCUGCUAAUGUAGAUUCCGGCUGGUUAUCGUGGGGCGUAGGGUUGCUGUUGGUCAGACCUCUGAAGUGGACUCUGUCUGCUCUACUGGGAAGUGGGCGAGUUCCUCUUGAAGAGUCGUUUGUGGUAAUUGAAUUGGUCAAAGAGAAGGCUGCGGCAUUGAUGGCUGCUUAUCGGAGCUCUCCUCUCGCAGUGCGUUCUCUGCUCUCAUUUCAGGAGCUGCGCUCUUUCUCCUCUCAUAUCUGUCCGGAUGAGACCACGCUGUGUCUCGCGCUGCUGCAGCUCCAGAGGGAGAAACACGUCACCGUCUCGCUGCAUGAAGGUGAAAAGCUGGUGAAGUUCAGUCAAGCAGGACAGAGCCGCGUGUCUCCAGUCAGCGAAAUGGAUCUGGGAAUAUACCAGCUCCAGCGUAGCGAGAAGCUGCUGGAAGAGAGAGUUGAAGCCCUGGGGCAAGAAGUGAAGAGGUGUAAAGAACAGGCAAAGGCUUUGCUAAAGGAGGGGAAGAAGUCGCAGGCAUUAAGAUGUCUAAAGGGUAAAAAGUGUGUAGAGGGAAAAGCGGAUCGGCUCUAUACCCAGCUCGAGACAGUCAAAGGAAUCCUGGACAGGAUAGCAAGCUCCCAAACUGAUCGGCUGGUGAUGCAGGCAUACCAGGCAGGUGUAGCAGCUCUGAGGAUUUCACUGAAGGGCAUAACGAUUGAAAGAGCAGAAAAUCUGGUUGAUCAGAUUCAGGAGCUGUGUGACACUCAGGAUGAAGUGAACCAGGCCCUGGCUGGAGGAGCUUUAAACUCAACUGAAGGAGAAUCCGAAGAGCUAGAGGAGGAACUGAAGUCUUUAUUGGAAGAAGGCGCUCCAGACACGAGUCUAACACUACCGGAGAUCCCGCGUCACCCUGUCUCUACUAAAGAAACCAGUGUAUUGGAUGACGCUUUCUUUCUCUCUCUGCCCUCCGUGCCUGACACUAACAUCACCGACGAGGAGCUGGAGAGAGAGCUGGGUCGACUCAGGCUGAAAGCAACGUGAAAAAGACGGACAGAGGAGUGUGUGUGUGUGUGUGUGUGUGUAUAUAUACACACGUGGUGAAGACUCGGCACAAUGAAAACAGCUCAAAUACACACACAAAUAACUACGUAGGCUUGUCGCUGAAUACAGAAAAGGCAAUCCAAUAUAGUAUAUAGUGGUUUUUUUUUUUUUUCCAUUUCUUUUCUGCCUUGGUUUAUGUUUUUGUAAUGGCAUGUUGUGUGAUUUUUGGUUUUUCCUUCAAAAAGACAUUUUAAAGAGGGGCCUUUGGAGUAAUAUGUCAUAUGUAUUCUAAUAAAAACAAUUUAUGACGCUUAA